AGGAGGCCCAAACCCUUCCAAACAGAUCCUUAAAAACCUAACGUUCCUCUCUGCUUUUCAUUUCAUUUCCUCUUUUCCUCCUCUCCCGUCUCUCCAACUCUCUCUGCGCUGCUUCUCUCCGACGGACGGUAAAUAAUCAAAGAAACCAGAAAAAGGUUGUAGCUUUGUAAUGGAUUCCACUACAACAAAUUCACAACGCCGCCCAUUUUCAAUCAAGCUAUGGCCCCCUAGUGAAAGCACUCGAAAGGUGCUUGUGGAGCGCUUGAGGAACAAUCUCACCACUAAUUCCAUCUUCACUCAGAAGUAUGGCUGCCUUAGCAAAGAAGAGGCUGAGGAGAGUGCAGGACAGAUUGAGGAUUCAGCUUUUAACACUGCAAACCAACUCUAUGAUAGGGAACCUGAUGGUGAUGGAAGUGCUGCUGUGCAGCUUUAUGCCAAGGAGUGCAGUAAGCUUCUCUUGGAAGUUCUUAAAAGAGGAGCUGCAGCAAAGAAUGACCAAGUGUUGGUUUCUAAGAAAGAAACUUCUCCUGUUGAAACCUUUUUUGAUUUAUCUAAAGGCCAGCGGGCCUUGAUUGAGGCCGAUGAGGCUGAGAAUAUUCUAAGACCAUUGAAGGAGCCUGGAAAUUCUUACACUAAAAUAUGCUUUAGCAAUAGAAGUUUUGGUUUAGGAGCAGCAAAUGUUGCUGCACCCAUUUUGGUUUCCCUCAAGCAUCAGUUGAAAGAAGUUGACUUGUCUGACUUUAUUGCUCAAAGACCGGAGCCAGAAGCGCUUGAAGUUAUGAGUACAUUUUCAGCUGCCUUGGAAGGCAGUAUUCUGAAGUCUCUUAAUCUCUCAAAUAAUGCCUUGGGCGAGAAGGGCAUUAGGGCUUUUGGGGCUCUUUUGAAAUCUCAGACUUCUCUGGAGGAGCUCUAUUUAAUGAAUGAUGGUAUCUCAGAGGAAGCUGCCAAAGCUGUUUGUGAAUUAAUUCCCUCCACAGAGAAUCUUAAGGUUCUCCAAUUUCAUAAUAACAUGACAGGAGACAAGGGAGCACUUGCCAUUUCUGAGGUAGUGAUGCGAUCUCCAUUACUGGAGGAUUUUAGAUGCUCAACUACAAGAGUUGAUUCAGAAGGAGGAAUUGCCUUAUCAAAGGCACUUGAGACUUGUAGCCAUUUGAAGAAGCUUGACCUCCGCGACAACAUGUUCGGUGCUGAAGCUGGAGUUGCACUUAGUAAAGCACUUUCUAAGCAUGCAGAUCUUGUUGAGAUUUACUUGAGCUAUCUCAACUUGGAAGAUGAAGGUGCUAUUGCUGUUGUUAAUGGUCUGAAGGAAUCUGCUCCUUUACUUGAGAUUUUAGAGAUGGCUGGAAAUGACAUAACAGCUGAAGCUGCCCCUGCUUUAGCUGCUUGUAUAGCAUCAAAGCAGAAUCUCACUAAGUUGAUCUUGUCUGAGAAUGAGCUUAAGGAGGAAGGUUCCAUCCAAAUUGGCAAGGCUCUGGAAGGUCUUGCUCGGUUAAAAGAAGUUGAUAUGAGCAACAAUUUUAUUAGAAGGGCAGGUGCUCGCAUGUUGGCUCAGGUAGUUAUUGAAAAACCUGGGUUUAAGUUGUUGAACAUCAAUGGGAAUAUCAUCUCUGAUGAAGGUAUUGAUGAGGUGAAAGAGAUGUUCAAGAAAUUUCCUGAAAUGCUUGGGCCCUUGGACGAGAAUGAUCCUGAAGGAGGAGAUGACGGUGAGGAAUCUGAAGGAGAAGGUGAAGGUGAAUGUGAUGGGGAUGGACUGGAGUCUAAACUUGAGGAUCUUGAAGUUAGCCAUGAUGACUAGAGUUCUCUAGGAUUUCUUUUUCACAGCUUCGGCUGCUUUAGUAACCUGCAGACCAUUUAUUGACUGUUCUGCUGAAUUUUACCUAGCAGCCAAUGCAGUUGGUGUCAGUGUAGCAGAAAGCCUAAUGGAUGGCUUUUAGUUGUAGGACUAUGUCUAUGUAUUUGACAUGUGUUGAACUUCCCAGGACUUGUCCUUUGCUGCCUAUAAUGGCAAAUCUUUUCUUGAGUUCUGUUUUCAAUGGUUGAGGGCUAAUUGUUUAUU